CAGACGUGUUGCAGCUGCAGUUGUACCGGGACAGCCGCGACCGGGCGAAGGGAGCGGCCACCAAGGCGUCUCUCGCGCUGCAGAACGUCCUCGCCCUCGAGACAGGCUUCACGCUGGACAAGGAGAGUCACACGCUAGGACUGCUUUGCAAGGAUGUCACCUUAGUCAUCGCCUUUGACACGAGGGAGCGCCUUCUGCAAUGGCAAGUCAAGAUGACCACGACGCUCGGGGAUGAGCAACAGUUCCUGGUACAGGUGUUGCAAGUGCCGGCGAGGUCCCGCGUUGCAGCGGGUCCGGCGCGCUUGCACGUGCGCGACCACCGCUUCUGCUUGACCACAGGCACCCCCCCGCGCCUGCUUGCUGCUUGGUCCACGCACGAUCUCAGGCGCUACGGUGUGGUGGACGGGCGUGUGGUGUGGGAGGGCGGAACCCGGUGUGGGCGGUGGGCGGGCGUGCACGUGGCUCUGUCCGACGCCCCCCACGCCGUCACCCACGCCAUCGACCAGGCCGCCCGUGGGUUGCUGGAUAAGCCCCGGGGUCGGCCGCCCACGGGGACAGGGUCGCGCGCCGAGAGCCGCGCCGAGCUCUCGUGGCUUCGCGAGGUGAGCGUGCUGGACCUGAGCAGCGAGACGGCGUCGCUGGCGGCGUCGGAGAUGACGUCGGGCGCCGCCGCCACGUCCCCGCGCGACCCGCUGCCCGACGCCGCGCCCGACGCCCACUUCCCGGACGCCCACGGCACGCCCUGGCCGCCGCCGCCGCCCUGGAGCCGCCGCGCCUCCUGCCAGAGCCAGUCCGUGGGCGGCUGCUCCGCCUCCACCAGCGCGGGCGCCGACUCCGACGAGAGCGCGUGGUGGGCGGCGGCGUGGGCGCGCGGCACGGCGUGGGAGGGCGUGAAGGCGCCGCCCUCGCCCACGCCGGAGUCGCUCUACGACCACCCGCGCCCGCUGGGCCUCGCGCACCCCUGCGCCGCCGCCCCGCCCGCGCCCGCGCUGCCGCCCUCGCUGCCGCGCCCGCCCGACCCACCGCGGGGCGCCCUCAACCCCCUCGACAACUACGACGUGCCGCCGCCACCGCGCGUGCCGCCCACGGCCCACUACGACACCCCGCGGCGCCUCAUCAUGUGCGAUACCGGCGCCCACGUGCACGACGGCGGCCUGGUGGGCACGCCCGACGCGCCGCCCGCGUCCGGCGCGUGGUGCGAGGGCGGCCUGGCUGCGGCGCCCGGCUGCGGCCAGAUGCUGGGCUGGGCGGGCUCGCUGGUGUGCGGGCGGCGCGACGAGGCCGACGCGCGGGCGGAGCAGCUCAAGGUGGACGGGCACGGGCGCAUGCCGGUGGUGGACGCCCACACGGGCACCAUCCUGCGCCACCCGCCGCCGCCGCCCGCGCCGCAGCCCCCGCAGCAGCAGCAGCAGGCCUCGGCGGUCUACGCCGUGGUCAACAAGCGCAAGAAGACGGGCAAGCCGCGGGCGCCCACGCCGCCGCCCACGCCGCCGCCCACGCCGCCGCCGCGCCACCACGCCGCGCCCGCGUCCGCCAACGCCAACUACGAGAACCUGGAGUUCGCCGCGAGUCUCCCGCUCUACGAGAACGUGCGCGACGUCAAGACGGCGGCCGCCGCGCAGCCGGGCGCGCCCGUGCGCCUGCAGCCCGCGGCCGCCCCCGCCGGCUGCGCCUGCCACGCUGCCGCCACGCCCACGCCCAGCCUCGUCUCCUCCACGGCGUCGUCCGCGUCGGCCGUCUCCGCCGGCGCGCCUCCUCAGGGCCCCCCGCAGCGCCUCACGCCCACGUCGCCCGCCGCCGACGCCGCGGGCGCCGACGACCACUAUAUGGCCAUGACGCCGCGCGCGCCCGCCGACCCGCACUACCUCCCGAUGGCGCCGUCGCUGCCGGCGGCCGCGCUGGUGCCGUGCGAGCCGCCCGCGCCCGCCCGCGGCAGCGACCGCAGCCGCUCGCUCAGCAUCACGGAGACGCGCUGCGGCCGCUCGCAGUCCGUGGCCGCAGGCGGCCGCUACGUGGCCAUGGCGCCGCGCCGCUCCACGUCCGCCGACUCGCGGCCGCGCGAGACGUGGCCCUCGUCACCCGCCACCACGCCCACGGCCACGCCCACGCGCCGCCUGCCCGCCUCGUCGUCGCUGCGCCGCCGCGACGCGCGCCUCAGCUCAGAAGCGGCGACGGACAGCGGCUGCGACCUGCGGCACGAUAGCGUGGAGGCCGACGGCGCGUCCGGCACGCCCGACGGCAGCGUCAGCACCGACGCCGACGCCAGCGAGGCGCGCGCGGCCGUGUCGGCGCCCGUGGGCAGGGAGCCGCCCGCGGGCGAGGGCGUGUGCGUGCUGCGGCGCUCCUCGUCCGUGCCGGGCAAGCCGCCCGCCAACCGCGACUCCGCCUCCAGCAGCGACUCCGGCGUGUGCGAGUCGCCGCGCGCCGUCGACCGGCUGCUCGCCUCGCACUGCCUGCACGCCUCGUUGCCGCGCCCGCGCCGCCCGCAGCCGCCCGCCGCGCACACCCACGCCGCGCACUCGGGCGUAGCGGCGUCUUGCCAGGAGCUCGGCGGAGGCGUCGGCGGAGGAGGAGGCGGAGGAGGAGGAGGAGGAACCGGAGGUGGAGGAGGAGGAGGAGGAGGCGGAGGAGGAGGCGGCGGGAGCAGCAGCGGCUCCGGCGACGCCAAGUCCACCUCCUCAGGCGCCUCCGACAUGAGCGACUACCUGGACACUCUCAGCCUCUCGUCCUCGCACUCGUCCUCGGACCACGACCGGCUGCUGGCCCGCUCUUCCGUGAACACCCUGCGGCCGCGCUCGGGCAGGGAGUACACCCGGCUGGACCGACACGGGCUCUGUGCCGAGAACAAGACGCUGCCGGUGCUGGGAGAGGCGCCCCCACACUGAAUCCUCGGGCGUUAAUGGUGCUACUUGACCAGGGGUUACUCCGGCCGAGGCGUAGGUCGUCCUCGUCGGCGUCUUCGUCGUCCUCCUCCUCGUCCUCUUCUUCCUCUUCCUCCUCUUCUUCUUCCUCCUCCUCUUCCUCUUUCUCCUCCUCUUCUUCCGGACCAGGUGCUACUACUUCCGGAACCGAGGUCAGAGGUCAAGAGGAAACGUCUCCCGAGUCGUGGGGUUGUUGUCGUUAUCUAUCGAUUCUUAUCGUCGUUGUUAUUGUUUGUUUUUGUCUCCGGAGGUGUCCAACAACGAGAUAACAAAGACACUAACA